CAUCACCUUCAAUAUAAUGGCAUCUUUUUCUGGCUGUGCCCCAGAACUCAUCGACUCCAUUCUCCAGCACCUGUCGUUCCGCGACCUACUCGCUGUGAGUAUCGUGAGCAAGCGGCUACAUAAAUGCGUAACGCCGUUACUCUAUUCACAAAUCGACAUGACUGUACAUCGAGAUAACCCUCGCUCGAUAAUUCACCUUUGUCGAAGCAUUUUCAAUAGGCCUGAGCUGGCGGCACAUGUCGACGCCGUGCGUUUGCGCGAUAGCGAAUGUUUCAGUCGAUGGACACAUUUUUCUAUGAACAAACCACCUGAAGCUUCUCCGCCGCGGCCAAACGAUGAGGAUGGAAUGUCUAAAUUUGUGCCCUUCAUCUCGCGUUCUGGUCUUGCAUAUGCCGACAUCUGGACGGAAAAAUUGCGUUCAGGCGACCUGAACGCUUUUGUCGCAUUGUUUCUGUCAAGACUGCCCAGGAUUAAGAGCUUCCGCGUCGGAAAUAUGGUCGUAUUACCAGACCACGAGAAAAAGCAACAAGGUAGAGAUGCCCCAACGGAAGCGCGGGACAUGGAGAAUCAAUUCCUUGGAAAAGUUUUCCAGUCCGCUGUUUUUGACUCAUCGAAUCACGGCAUUUCUCGGUUCCGACAUCUCCAACAUAUCUCCUAUCCUUGGCUUCUGAACCCAUGGCCUGGGAAAAAUCCGGAUUUUUGCAAACCCAAGGACAUGAUGGCUCUUCUAAGCCUUCCGUCAGUGCGCAGUAUCUCGGGCUGGUGCCUAAACCCCGAAUCGCUCCCGUUCAGUUGGCCAACAGGCCCACCGGAGCUGGCUUACCUCACAUCACUAUCUCUGAUACACGUCCGACACGACUUUCUUGGACAGAUUCUUGAGAGAACUCGGGUUCUGAAAAAGCUACGCUGGGUCUGGAGCCACACACCUUAUCUCGACCCGCUGAACACUGAUAUACUGGAUCUGGAUAGACUUACUGGAGCAUUGCUAGUAGUCCAAAACACUCUCGAGGAUCUUGUUAUCAGUACCGACGCGGGACCUACGUGGGAUGAUCCCGACUUUCAGGAUAUAGACAUUUGCGGUUCUCUGAAUGGUCUGCGUAACAUGGUCAACAUUAAGCGAUUCAAAGUACCAUUCGCACUGUUGCUUUCAGACGUAUAUAACCCGAGUGAUUCGUAUACAGGACGACUGGAGGACAGUAUACCUCCUAAUGUUGAGGUGGUGACAUUUAGCGAUAACUACACAGGUUUUAACCAGGGUUUCGGCAGUCGACUUCACGAAUGGCCCAAGAUUGCAUCCUGGCUUUUGGAGACUGCAUGGAAGACUACACCGUGUCUCAAGGAGGUCUGCAUGUUUUUGAAACCAUACUCCCCCAGAGGCCCAUCUCAUGAGCUUCAUAAACUUGAGGAAAUAUUCGAAGGAACAGAUGUGUUAUAUAACAUCAAACACGAGAGCAAGGAUUCGCAGCGAUGGGACUAGGACAUAUAGACUAGAAAUAGGGUUAGAGGUACCCACUGGAAGAUUGCUCAAUUCACACUAAUGUUUUUCUUCUUUUGUUGGAUUAUAGGAGGGCAUUAACGUACCUCACGGGCGAGCUGGCCACACGGGCGAGCUGGCCACACGGGCG